GUCACUCCCCGGCCGUUUCCCUGCGGCCAGCGCUCUACUUGGGGCGGGAGGAAGAGGGGCCGGACUGGGGCCUGACUAGUCGUCGCCGUCUUCGCGGCUGCUAUGACCAGCGGGCGAGGCGCCCUUCGCAGCUCCGCGCAACGCUAGUCGCGGCCGUGCGCCCGCGUAGCCGUCUGCGUCCCCAGCGCGGCCGCUCCCGCGGCCCCCUCGGCUUUGCCAGCGCCGCCUGCGAGGCGGAGGCAGGAUGAAGAUGACUGUGGAUUUCGAGGAGUGUCUGAAGGACUCGCCCCGCUUCAGUUCUGGAGCUGGGAAGUCCAAGAUAAAGAUGCCAGCAGAUUAGUGUCUGGUGAGGGCCAGCUAUCUCUGCUUUCAAGAUGGCACCUUGUUGAUGUGUCCUCAAUGGCAGAAGGUGGAAGGGCAAAAAAGGGACCAUUAGGACCCUUUCUUCAGCCUCUUUUAUAAGAGCACUAAUCCAUUCAUGAAGGCGGAGCCCUCAUGUCUUCAUCACUUCCCCAAAGGCCCCACCUCUUCAUACUGUGACAAUGGAGAUCAAGUUUCAACAUGAAUUUUGGAGAGACACAAACAUUCAAACCAUAGCAGGGCAGCUUUGGAAGAAGUAGAAGGUGAUGUGGCAGAAUUGGAACUAAAACUUGAUAAGCUUGUGAAACUUUGUAUUGCAAUGAUUGAUACUGGAAAAGCCUUUUGUGUUGCAAAUAAACAGUUCAUGAAUGGGAUUCGAGACCUGGCUCAGUAUUCUAGUAAUGAUGCUGUCGUUGAGACAAGUUUGACCAAGUUUUCUGACAGUCUUCAAGAAAUGAUAAAUUUUCACACAAUUACCCAGUCUCAGGCAGUUCUUUAUAGCAGUGUGAGAAUGGACUAAUACUGUGGUCUUGGAUAACAUCUGGAAGAAUUCUCUGGAUUACCAGAUCCUGUUUGACCAAACUCAGAGAUCAAUUAAGGCACAGCUUCAGAACUUUGUUAAAGAAGAUCUUAGAAAAUUCAAAGAUGCCAAGAAGCAAUUCGAAAAAGUCAGUGAAGAAAAAGAAAAUGCAUUAGUAAAAAAUGCCCAAGUACAAAGAAACAAACAACAUGAAGUUGAAGAAGCCACCAACAUUCUGACAGCAACAAGAAAAUGUUUUCGACACAUAGCCCUCGAUUAUGUGCUUCAGAUUAAUGUUCUUCAAUCAAAAAGGAGAUCAGAAAUCCUAAAAUCAAUGUUGUCAUUUAUGUAUGCCCAUUUGGCCUUCUUUCAUCAAGGAUAUGAUCUGUUUAGUGAACUUGGACCCUACAUGAAGGAUCUUGGUGCACAGUUGGAUCGACUGGUUGUGGAUGCAGCAAAGGAGAAAAGAGAAAUGGAGCAAAAACAUUCCACCAUUCAACAAAAGGCUGCGUUACAGGAUUUCUCCAGUGAUGAUUCUAAGUUAGAAUAUAACGUAGAUGCUGCAAAUGGCAUAGUUAUGGAAGGAUAUCUGUUCAAACGAGCCAGCAAUGCCUUCAAAACUUGGAACAGGAAAAAGCCCGAUCACAUCAGGCGCUGGUUUUCAAUACAGAAUAAUCAGUUGGUUUACCAGAAAAAAUUUAAGGAUAAUCCGACUGUAGUAGUUGAAGACCUCAGGCUUUGCACAGUGAAACAUUGUGAAGACAUAGAGCGACGAUUCUGCUUUGAGGUGGUCUCGCCAACAAAAAGUUGUAUGCUCCAGGCAGAUUCCGAAAAGCUGCGCCAGGCAUGGAUUAAGGCUGUUCAGACCAGUAUUGCUACUGCUUAUAGAGAGAAGGGUGAUGAAUCAGAGAAGCUGGAUAAGAAAUCAUCUCCAUCCACAGGAAGCCUAGAUUCUGGAAAUGAGUCCAAAGAGAAAUUAUUGAAAGGAGAAAGUGCGCUUCAGCGGGUCCAGUGUAUCCCUGGCAAUGCCAGCUGUUGUGACUGUGGCCUGGCAGAUCCACGGUGGGCCAGCAUCAACCUGGGCAUCACCUUGUGUAUCGAGUGCUCCGGAAUUCACCGGAGCCUUGGGGUUCAUUUUUCGAAAGUACGAUCUUUAACUUUAGACACCUGGGAGCCAGAACUUUUAAAGCUUAUGUGUGAGUUGGGGAAUGAUGUUAUAAAUCGAGUUUAUGAAGCUAAUGUGGAAAAAAUGGGAAUAAAGAAACCACAACCAGGACAAAGACAGGAGAAGGAGGCAUAUAUCAGAGCAAAAUAUGUGGAGAGGAAAUUUGUGGAUAAAUAUUCUAUAUCAUUAUCACCUCCUGAGCAGCAAAAAAAGUUUGUCUCUAAAAGUUCUGAAGAAAAGAGGCUGAGCAUUUCUAAAUUUGGGCCAGGGGACCAAGUCAGAGCAUCUGCCCAAAGUUCAGUGAUUGCUGUAAAUAGCGACGAGGCCAGGCGGGAGUCUCUGUUUUGUCCUGAUGAGCUAGAUUCACUCUUCUCCUACUUUGAUACUUCUUCAAAACUGCGUAGUAUCAGAAGUAAUGACAGUGGAAUUCAGCAGAGCUCUGAUGAUGGAAGAGAAUCUUUACCCUCCACGGUGUCAGCCAAUAGUUUAUAUGAGCCUGAAGGAGAAAGGCAAGAUUCUUCUAUGUUUCUUGACUCGAAACAUCUUAAUCCAGGACUUCAGCUUUAUAGGGCGUCAUAUGAAAAAAACCUUCCUAAAAUGGCUGAGGCUUUGGCUCAUGGUGCAGACGUGAACUGGGCCAAUUCAGAGGAAAACAAAGCGACACCACUUAUUCAGGCUGUAUUAGGGGGCUCUUUGGUGACGUGUGAGUUCCUCCUACAGAAUGGUGCUAAUGUCAACCAAAGAGAUGUCCAAGGGCGGGGACCAUUGCACCAUGCCACCGUCUUAGGGCACACAGGGCAGGUAUGUUUAUUCCUAAAACGAGGUGCCAAUCAACAUGCCACUGAUGAAGAAGGGAAAGACCCUUUGAGCAUAGCUGUGGAAGCAGCCAAUGCUGAUAUAGUCACCUUGUUACGUUUAGCAAGAAUGAAUGAAGAGAUGCGGGAAUCAGAAGGACUUUAUGGACAGCCAGGUGAUGAAACUUAUCAGGACAUAUUUCGUGAUUUUUCCCAAAUGGCAUCCAAUAAUCCAGAGAAACUAAAUCGUUUCCAGCAAGAUUCACAGAAAUUCUGAAUUUUUUUAAAAAGGGGAAAAUAUGAAAUCUGGUGACCCCCUAAUGUAUACAGCUAAAAAUUCACAAUUUUUUUUACUGCUUUAAUUCUACUUAAUUUUGGUAGAUAUUGAAUGGCUUGGAAAAGAGGUACCCAUUCAUAUAUUUAUAAAUUAAAACAUAGUUAUCUAGUAGUAGGAGAGGAACCUAGUUUAGGACCUCUUUUAUUUAAAAAGCCUAUUUAAAGGGCUAUUUCUGUAGACAAAAGUUCAGUCUAGAUUUAGGCCAUCUCUAGGUUACAAGAUGAUAGGAGGUUAGACAAAAAUGAUUCUUUUGCCAAUGGGUGGUAGCAUUGAUUUUUUUCCUCCAUGCAUCUUGCCCAGGAUCAUUCAGUGAAGUAUGUCUUCAUCAAGUGGGAGCCAACUGUCCUGCCUGCCUCAAGAAUAUGUUUUUUUCUUUAGCUUCCCUGAGGAUUUUUGGUGGUUCAGAAAUAGGUGUGUGUGUUGAUGUGUUUUUGGUAACCUAGCUUUCAUACACAUAAUAUAUGAUUUAUUAGAACUAGAGAAUGUGUUUUCCCCAUUUGUUCAUAAAUGUGGUUGGUUAUACUUCUUAGAUGACAGGUUAUUGUCCAGUACUUUAAUGUAUGUAUGUAUAAUGGCUGUACAGGUAGACCAUAAUUCAGUCCUUUAGAUUUAUUUUAUGCAGCAAAAAGAAGCUCUUUUUUUUUUUUUUUAAUCACAAAAAAAACCCCAGUUCAAAAUGUGUAGUUCUUCAUUGUUGGGUUGAUUCCCCAAAACCUUGACAGAUGUAUCGAUGGAAUAAAAGUGUGUUUUAAAGGUUA